CAUCAUUCCUCCGUUCGAUUCGUUGAUCUUAUACUUGGAUUGUUGGUCGCGUAUAUGCUCGUGUUUUCGUUUGGAUUUUAUAAUCAGAUUCUCGGUUCUGUUAACUUCUCCGAGAUCGAUCGAUCGAUAGUAGAGGUUAAGAGUAGGAGGUGAAUUAGAUCUGGUAACUUCAUGAAAUCGAGAACUGGUCUGCGUUUCUGCGAUUAUCUUUGAUGCUUUCAGUGAGGAUUCGAUAUGGCUGAUGAAGGAACCCCCAAGAGCUAUACUUCCCCUCUGAGGAACCCUAAUGUUACCCUUAACGAAAGGAAUUUUGCUGCCUUCACACACAGAUCAGCUGCUGCUCAUCCUUGGCAUGACUUGGAGAUUGAGUUAAAUACGAAAUUUUACUUUUAUAUAAAUCAGGUUGUUGAAAUUAGCAAAGGUGGGAAGGUGAAAUACGAGCUAGACAAGAACAGUGGUCUUAUAAAGGUUGAUCGUGUCCUGUACUCAUCCAUUGUGUACCCACACAACUACGGCUUCAUUCCUCGUACCAUUUGCGAAGACAGUGAUCCUAUUGAUGUCUUGGUACUCAUGCAGGAGCCGGUACUAACUGGAUCGUUCCUCCGUGCCCGUGCUAUUGGGUUAAUGCCCAUGAUUGAUCAAGGUGAAAAAGACGACAAGAUCAUUGCAGUAUGUGCAGAUGACCCUGAGUUCCGUCAUUACAGAGACAUCAAAGAGCUUCCACCCCACCGUCUAGCUGAAAUCCGCCGCUUCUUCGAGGAUUACAAGAAGAACGAGAACAAGAAAGUGGACGUUGAAGGUUUCCUCCCAGCUCAAGCUGCCGUAGACGCGAUUAAGGACUCCAUGGAUCUAUACGCAGCUUACAUCAAAGCUGGCCUGCAGCGUUAACGAAACAACCUACAUGCUCGUUAUAACUUGGUGCAUUUUCGCAAUGUACAUCGAAAAACUUUUGUCGCAUUAUACACUUUCCAAUGAUGACGACAAAAAAUGCCAGUUUCAGUCAUUAAAAUUUGGAGAUACAUAUAUCAGCUCUUGUCCCACUUUUAUAUUAGUGAUGUUUGCAAACUUUUCUUCACUGAAUAACAUCAUCUCCUAAUCGAGUACAUUUAACUUCUCUAGAUUUCCGCAAGAAUUAUUCGUAAUGUGAAAUAUGAUGAUGAUUUCAGACUUUAAUGUAA